GUCACGAUGGGGAGGCACCAGGUGACUUGCUGGCUUGCCAUUUUCCUUCUGCUGGUGCAGGCUAAUGUCUCCCUUGCCAAAAAGAAGCCCAAGCCCAGCGGUGGCGGCUGGAAUCAAGGGGGGCAGCGCCAACCCGGCUACCCCCAACAGCCUGGCUAUCCCCGCAACCCUGGCUAUCCUCAACAACCUGGCUAUCCUCAGCAACCUGGCUAUCCCCAAUGCAAUCCUAGCUACCCCCAACAACCUGGCUAUGGUGGGGGCUAUGGAGGAGGCUAUGGUGGGGGCUAUGGUGGGGGAUAUGGUGGAGGCUAUGGUGCCAAGCCAUGGAAGCCCAAACCACCCAAGACCAAACUGAAGCACGUAGCAGGAGCAGCGAUCGUGGGAGCUGCAGUCGGAGCCCUUGGCGGCUACCUCUUGGGAAGAUCCAUGUCCAACUUACAGUUUGGUUUUCCCAACCAGCAUGAUGAGCGCUGGUGGUACCAAAACCGCGACCGUUACUCAGACCAAGUAUACUAUCCUCCCUACGCCUCUGUUUCGAGGGAAGUCUUCGUGAGAGACUGCGUGAACGUCACGGUGACGGAGUACAUCCAGCCCACUGGGAACCAGACCGCGGAUGAAAUGGAAAUGAAAGUGGUGCCGCUUGUGGUGCGUGAAAUGUGCACAGAACAAUACCGGUUGCUCUCGGGAGUAGCGCUGCUUCUGGCCAACCCUUCCCUGGUCUUUACCAUCACGUUAGCCCUGUGUUUCCUGAUACACUGAGGUUGCCCUCCUCGAGCCUCCACCUCGCUAACACACCAACGGUGGAGAAGGAAAGAGAGCUAGAUAAAGCCACGGUUUUGUGGAGAGUACAGUCCCCAUAUUGCACCUCUUGGGUGGAGUGUCUUCAAGAGCUGCCACACCUGCUGUGUAUUCAUGGAUAACACGGGCUUCCUCCUCACACACUCCUUUUAUAGCCAUCCUGGUUUCUGUUUGUAGCGGUAUGAAAUAUUUUUAAGGGAAGACGAAGGGCUAUUUUUGUUACAAUGCAGGGAGCUGGCCAUCCGUCAAGUGGCAUCCGUCUUAAUAGAUCACUGAGCUUAAUUUCAUGCAAAACAUAUGCAUAAGGCAAUGAUUCCACAUAUUGUUGCAUUUUCUCUGGCUACUCCUGCUCCUGUUACUUUGCCCCGAAGAGAAUGCAUUUCACAGAAUCAUAGAGUUGGAAGAGACCUCAUUGGCCAUCCAGGCCUGCCAAUAAACAGGAAAAUUGCAUUCAAAGCAGCCCCGACAGAUGGCCAUCCAGCCUCUGUUUAAAAGCUUCCAAAGAAGGAGCCUCCACCACACUCCAGGGCAGAGAGUUCCACUGCUGAACAGUCUCUCACAGUCAGGAAGUUCUUCCUCAUGUUCAGAUGGAAUCUCCUUUCUUGUAGUUUGAAGCCAUUGUUCCGUGUCCUAGUCUCCAGGC